UGUCACAACAACACUUCGCCAUUUCAGAGCUAGGGGGGCCGUAACUCCCGCGAAGGAAUUAGGUCAAGCGAGCUGCGGUGCCACACUCCGACUGUUUCCUCGUUGCAAACGACACUCGUCUCUGCUUCAUCGUCGGACGGAUCGAAUAUUGGGUUCCGAUGCGCUUUAUUUGCUUGGUGCAAAUGAACUUUCCCAGCGUGGGCCCGGGCUGAAGUGUCAAGGCAGUCAGUUGACGGAUUUUUCUGCUAACAGCUACUAAGUUAGCUGUGUGUAAACAACCAGGAUGAAGCGGGUGAAAGGAGGUGAGGAGGACAGUUCCUCCAGCGGGAGCCCACCAGAAGUUAGCAAGAAGGUUCGGAAGCAGACGAGCAACGAGUCUGUGGCAGUGGUAGCCCCUGGGUCGUCGGACUAUGAGUGGGCACAGCUGCCUCAAGAGCUCCUGCUCCAUAUCUUCCAGUACCUUCCACUUCUGGACCGGGCUUAUGCCUCUCAGGUGUGCCGUGAGUGGAACCAGGCAUUUCAUAUGCCUGAGCUGUGGAGAUGCUUUGAGUUUGAGCUUAACCAGCCAGCUAGCUCUUACCUGAAGGCCACACAUCCUGACCUCAUCAAGCAAAUCAUAAAGAGGCAUUCAAACCACCUGCAGUAUGUCAGCUUCAAGGUGGACAGUAGCACGGAGUCUGCAGAAGCAGCUUGUGACAUUCUUUCACAGUUGGUGAAUUGUUCACUGAAGACCUUGGGACUUAUCUCUACAGCCAGGCCUAGUUUCAUGGAGGUCCCAAAGUCUCAUUUCAUCUCGGCUCUGACUGUGGUGUUUGUCAACUCCAAAUCUCUGUCUUCACUGAAGAUUGAUGACACACCAGUUGAUGAUCCGUCUCUGAAAGUGCUAGUAGCAAACAACAGCGACACCCUGAAACUGCUGAAGAUGAGCAGCUGUCCUCAUGUCUCUCCUGCAGGGAUCCUGUGUGUGGCAGACCAGUGUCAUGGGCUGAGAGAGCUUGCUCUGAACUACCACCUUCUGAGUGAUGACCUCCUGCUGGCCCUCUCCUCGGAGAAACAUGUCCACCUGGAACACUUGCGCAUCGACGUGGUGAGCGAGAACCCUGGCCAACACUUCCACACCAUUAAGAAGAGCAGUUGGGACGCCAUGGUGCGGCACUCGCCCAAAUUCAACUUGGUGAUGUAUUUCUUCCUUUAUGAAGACGAGUUCGGCCCAUUCUUUAAUGAGGAGAUCCCUGUCACGCACCUUUACUUUGGCCGCUCUGUCAGCAAGGAGGUCUUGGGCCGUGUGGGACUCCACUGCCCCCGCCUGGUGGAGCUGGUGGUAUGUGCAAACGGCCUGCGUCCUCUGGAUGAGGAGCUGAUCCGCAUUGCAAAGCACUGCACCCAGUUGUCAGCCAUUGGACUGGGCGAGUGUGAAGUUUCCUGCAGUGCAUUUGUGGAGUUUGUCAAGAUGUGUGGUCGGAGGCUUUCCCAGCUCUCCAUAAUGGAAGAGGUGCUGAUUCCUGAUCACAAAUACUCCCUGGAUGAAAUUCACUGGGAGGUCUCAAAGCACCUGGGCCGAGUCUGGUUCCCAGAUAUGAUGCCGACCUGGUAGGGACACAGACGUGGUGUAAUGUGGAAGCUGUGGUGUAGAACAUGAAUGGAAUCCAUGUUUAAGUAAUGAAGUAGAUUGUUUGCUACCAACAUGGAGAUCAGAAACGUGCUUAACUCCCAUGGGGAGUGCAUGUUGAGGCUUAAUGUGGCACAGGACUGCCACGAUGUUAACAAGAAGUUCAAACAACACCGAAAUCUCAGCUGUUUGCUUCAAACAUUGACCGUUUUGGCUAAUCCAGAGACGGAGCUCGCAGGCUGGCUUCUUAUGUAUUUAGCACAGUUAAAGGUGAAAUAUUUGACAAAAAUGCAAUGUUUUUAUAACUGGAAAAUGAGUUUUGUCAACAUUGAAGCUUGGUAAUAAUAAUCUUUAUUAUGAGAGAUGUCAGUGUGUGAGUAUCUUUGCGUUUGUGUUUUAAUGUUUUGUUUUGUUUUGUUUUAAUCUGUUUGAAAUUAUUUGAGACAUGUAGGUGCACAGAUGCAUGUUACACUACCACUAGGCUGAUUUAAAUCCAGCCUGAGAGCAGCCUGAACCAGUCAGGGUCUAGGUCUGGUCUGCUGAUGUAUCGUUCACUUAAUGUUGAGUAUCUGGGUCCUUUCCUUUAUCCAAAACAGAUUUAAACACAACAGUAGUGUUGAUGUCAUCUCCUUCCUCAAUCAUAUAUCAGAGAAAAAACACGAUGGGGAGGAGAGAAAAACACACGUAUUGUUCACUUUGAGGUAGACCUGCACAGAUGCAGCUCUUCUGUGACUUGUGCUUUUACAAAAGUUAUGACUUGCAAAAUUGUAAAAGAAGAAAUCAUAGUAGAGCUGCUGUUUGGAUUGCACUAGGUCUUACUGGCGCACAUGUUAAAGUGGCCAGUGAGUGUAGGUCUGUGAAGGUUUACAGGGUUGAUUUGUCAUAGAUUUUUUUUUUCCACACACCUUGACAACCAACAACAUAAUUUCUCUUUUAUUAAGAAGACGUCUGUACAGUCAAAGAUUUCCUAAGCACCUUAUGUGAAUACCAAAUAUUAGUCAGGACAAAUGCGUCUUUCUGAGGAAGUGAGCUUUAUAAUCUUCCAAUUUUUCUUAAUUGGACCCAGAUUUUAAUGCAGGUUAUUUACGCUACUUUGCCUCUGACGGUUCAGAUGCCGAGAGAUUUGUAUCCGAGUAAUAAACACAUAAUUACUGAUUAACAAAUAAUCCUAUGUAAAUAGUGCACAGACGUGUCUGAAUUUGGAGGUGGCCACCUGUGAGUCUCCAGACUUCUUUUUCAGACUGCGUUGUAAUCAUUCACCAGUAGAGUAGUCUCUGCAGCUAUUAGUUAAAAACCACACUGGGAAUGCAAAUCUAACCCUGUGUGUGUCUCAGGUGCUUUAAAUGAAUAUAUUUCUUAUAUAGGUUUCAUUUGCAUCUUCUCUUUGCCUGUUUAACCUCUCUGUUGUGAAUAUCUGUCCUCCUGUUAGCUCGUGUUUGCUCUGUAUCAUGACAUCACAUCAUACAUGCAGUAGAGGAGGCAGUGUUCAUAUUUUCAUUACCAACACAGUUUUCACCGACUUUGCUAGUGCUCCUGUCCACCCAUCCAUUCAUUUCAGUCAAAAGAGAUUUGGCAAGUCAGAUUAAUGAAACUAACUUUUUUCCUUUAAGAAGGAAGUCAAAUACAUUUGUAUAUAAAACGCUGUGUGUUUGAUUUAUUAUGAAUAGAAAUGUACUUAUUUCUUUAUUUCACCCUCUGUCGGGGUUCGAAGUUUUCUUAUCAGCUCGUGUCUUUUUUUUUAAAACCAGAGUACGAGUUAUCCUUUAUUAGACCUUUUUUUUCAUACCAUAGUCACUAGCGAACAUAAGAUGUGUAAUUUAUUGAUACGGAUAAUGCUUUUGUUAUUAAUCUGUGUUCUUGAGUUCUGCAGAAGAAGCAAUCAUUGUAAUCAGCAAGCAGACGUAUUGGUGUUUACUUUCCCUCUUUGUCACCACUUAUGAUGCAUCCAGAUGAUCCAAACGUUUUAAGUCCACUUUCAUUAUAAGACUCAUCAGCACCUGUUGGCAGGGAGCAUUAAUAACAUUUAGCUUGUAGCACUUGAAUGCAUUGACAAUGCAUGAUGCCCCUGAAAUCACAAAAUAUAAAAACUCUUUGAAUUGAAAUCUACCUAAACAGUUUUGUAACUGGCCAGAAGACGGUGGCUGUACUGUACGUUAGGACGACUGUGGAUGUCAUCAGUAUCUGUGUAAAGACUCUCUGCCAGGCUUCAUUCCUUUUAUCUGAGUCAUGUUGGACAUUUCAUGCAGCCAUACAGUUAAAAACUAAGACACUUAAAUGCAGUAUGGAAGCCUCUUCCUAUUAAAACAAUACGUUUGAGUCUGUGAUCACUGAAGUGGACGGUGCUGAUGUAAAUUAGCAUUUCAGUAGUGGAUGAUUUGAAAUGAAGGAUGUCAGUACUAGAUUUAAAUUCAGAUGGGUGACUGAAAUGAUCAGAUCAAGAGGCACAAUGUUUCAUCACAAUUGCCUCUAUUCUGUUGUUUGUUUAAUUUAUUCCUUCAGUACGCUUUACGUGUUGAAUAUGCUGUCCUUUGGUUUUGUUUCUGUAUGGCAAAUGCGUUGUCUUCUUUGCUUUACUGGUCCCUGUUUUGAUCUUAUACCAGAAAUAAAAAUUGAUGAAUGUA